AUGGAGCGCCUGGACGGGAAGGAGAAGUGGAGUGUGGUGGAGUCGCCACGGGAACGGCGCAGCAUCCAGACGGUGGUCCAGAAUGAGGCGGUGUUCGUGCAGUACCUGGACGCCGGCAUCUGGCACCUGGCCUUCUACAACGACGGCAAAGAGAAGGAGUCCGUCUCCUUCAGCACCGCCAUAAUGGACUCCAUCCAAGAGUGCCCGAGGAAUUGCCAUGGCAAUGGAGAGUGCGUGUCCGGAGUGUGUCAUUGCUUCCCUGGAUUUCAUGGCAUGGACUGCUCUAAAGCGGCCUGCCCUGUCUUGUGCAGUGGUAAUGGCCAGUAUGAUAAGGGCUCGUGCAUCUGCUACAGCGGCUGGAAGGGCCCCGAGUGUGACGUUCCUGUCAGCCAGUGCAUCGACCCCGUGUGCAGUGGUCACGGCUCCUGCACCGAGGGCACCUGCGUCUGCUCACUGGGCUACAAGGGAGACAGCUGCGCCGAGGUGGAUUGCCUGGAUCCCACCUGCUCUAACAACGGUAUCUGUGUGAAUGGGGAGUGCCACUGUAAGCCGGGCUGGGGGGGCCCGCACUGCGAGCUGCCGCGUGCCCAGUGCCCGGACCAAUGCCACGGGCACGGGGCCUUCAUCCCCGACACGGGCCUCUGCAGUUGCGACCCCAACUGGAUGGGCCCCGAUUGCUCUGUCGGUCAGUGUCUGUCAAACCGCUUGUGUGUGUGUUUAUGUGACGUGUGUGUAUAA